AUGCCAUUGCCAUCUCUGCGCUUCAAUGAUACUGCUAGUGAUACUGCUAGUGAUACUGCUAGUGAUACUGCUAGUGAUACUGCUAGUGAUACUGCUAGUGAUACUGCUAGUGAUACUGCUAGUGAUACUGCUAGUGAUACUGCUAGUGAUACUGCUAGUGAUACUGCUACUAGUGAUACUGCUACUGAUACUGCUACUGAUACUGCUAGUGAUACUGCUAGUGAUACUGCUAGUGAUACUGCUAGUGAUACUGCUAGUGAUACUGCUAGUGAUACUGCUAGUGAUACUGCUAGUGAUACCUCUGCGCCACAGAACAGUGCGCCACAGAACAGUGCGCCACAGAACAGUGCGCCACAGAACAGUGCGCCACAGAACAGUGCGCCACAGAACAGUGCGCCACAGAACAGUGCGCCACAGAACAGUGCGCCACAGAACAGUGCGCCACAGAACAGUGCGCCACAGAACAGUGCGCCACAGAACAGUGCGCCACAGAACAGUGCGCCACAGAACAGUGCGCCACAGAACAGUGCGCCGCAGAACAGUGCGCCGCAGAACAGUGCGCCGCAGAACAGUGCGCCGCAGAACAGUGCGCCGCAGAACAGUGCGCCGCAGAACAGUGCGCCGCAGAACAGUGCGCCGCAGAACAGUGCGCCGCAGAACAGUGCGCCGCAGAACAGUGCGCCGCAGAACAGUGCGCCGCAGAACAGUGCGCCGCAGAACAGUGCGCCGCAGAACAGUGCGCCACAGAACAGUGCGCCACAGAACAGUGCGCCACAGAACAGUGCGCCACAGAACAGUGCGCCGAAGAACGGACAGGUAACUGGUUACAUGUAG